AUGGCGAUCCUGCAGAAGUCUGUGAGCUCUUCCCUUUGGGGGUCUGUAGCUGCCUGUUACAUCCUACUCACUGCCUUGUCAAUCCAGGGAGGGACAGCUGUGCCCAUCAAGUCCCACUGCAUGCUCAACCAAACCGACUUCCAGCAGCCCUACGUCAUCAACCGUACCCUCAUGCUUGCUAAGGAGGCCAGCUUGGCAGAUAACAACACCGAUGUUCGCCUCAUUGAGGAUAAACUUUUAAGUGGAGUUCAUGUGAGUGAGCAUUGCUAUCUGAUGAAGCAGGUGCUGAACUUCACCAUCGAAGAUGUGCUUCUGCCCUAUUCUGAUAGAUUCCAGCCCCACAUGCAGCAGGUGGUGUCAAUCAUGACCAGAUUCAGGAAUCAGCUCAGCCAAUGUCAUAUUCAGGGUGAUGGUCAACAAGUCCAGAGAAAUGUUCAGAAGCUGAAGGACACAGUGAAACAGCUUGGAGAAAGCGGUGAGAUCAAAGUAAUUGGAGAAAUGGAUUUGCUGUUCUUCGCCCUGAAGGAUGCCUGCACUUAA